UGGCGGCCCACUUGCAGUACUCCCCAGUGGGCCCCGGCCCACAGGUUGGGAAUCACUGGUCUAUACAUAUCUGAAGCUCACAUACUGUAGUACAUGUGCAUAUGUAUUAAGGUCAAGAAUAUAGAUUUCAGUGUUGCAAAGCAUCACUUUCUACUGUUUAUUAGUGACGUCAUCAGACACUCACAUUUGUUAGAAACUGACUAUUCAUCAUGUCAAACCAAGUUUUUAAAGUACAUCACUCUUUAGGCUCGUUCUCUUAUUUAUGUUUUAUUUUACUUUGGUCGUGUUGCAAGUUAUCACAGCGGAGGAGGAUUUUGUUUUGCUCACGUGACACGGAGGACAGGACGUGAGGAUACAGGUGCUAAGCAGAUCAUCUGUUUGGUUUAUAUUUCCAUUGAGGUUCGUACGAUCACGCACAGGUGAUGACCGCAGCGCUGCAAUCAGGUGGGUGCCGUCCUUAAAAGCUCCUGCAUGAUGCAUAAACCUUUACGCUUCUUUUUGUGCUUGUUUUUGUAGACAAAGACAGAGACUCCUCAAAACUUAUUAGAUAUGAGUGAGAAUGAUGCAGCGUGUUUGUAAACUAUUAGCACACAAACGUUUAUAACAUGUGUUCACAAGUAUAGGACAGUAGCAUGCUAAAAGUACAUUUAAAUAUCUUUUUAUGCAUUUUCUGAGUAGAGAUACAUGACUAUAAUAUAUAUUUAUCAUAUAUCUAUAAUAGUAAAGCAUUGAAAUAACAAUACAAUAAUCUUGAAAGCUGUGUGUAGCAGAGUAAACAGGUUUAAGCUCAUUAAGACAUAUUAAUAUGUCCUGUUGCUUGAGCUCUAUAUACAGUGUGAUGCUACUGCUGCUGUUGAUAAUCCGUCAUUGUGACUGGCAUUAAGCCUCUGAAUGCAUGUGUAAAUAUAGACUAACAGAUUUUAAACCUCGCAGCUCAGGAAACCAGAUUUUGCACGGGCAACAUUUCCAUUAGGGAGAACGUAUCUGUAAAAAGUAUUCACUGACACAGCAGAGUUGCUACAGGGGUAAUUAUUUCGAACAGGGGCCCGUAGAGGAUAGUCUGGUGAGGCUGUUAUAUCAAUAAGAAUGACAGAAAAUCAUAAUUCUCAGCAGGCAAACUGGUGAUGUGAUAAGAGUCUCUGAUCGGGCUGGUGAACACUGUACACAGUGGCAGGACAGACAGAGGAAAGCCGAUUACUCUUUCCCUUUGUCAGCAGAACUGACUGCUCUAGCAGUGGGAGGGAACAGUCACCAGAACAACAUAGCAGCUACAUAGUCUGAUUAAAAUAAUAAUAAAAAAAAAAAGAGCUGCAGUUACAGACUGCUUUCGUGCUUUAAACCAUACAUAUUCUAUUUUUAUCUCCAUAUUCUACCAUUAUGAUCACUUCAAGCCGGAGACGGGCAUCUUGAGAUAUCUCGCAGGAUAUCGUAAAACGAUCCAGUUUUACUGGUUUGUCUUUACUAAUUUAAAAUACUAUUUCUUCAUAAAUGUAAAUGACAUGUAAAGUAUUUCUUUUUCAUUUGAAACUAGCAUGACAUGUUUACGUGCGGUUUUCCGUUUUGUGUGUUUCGUGUUUAUCAUGUCACCUACCUACACAUGUGGGAGCACACACCAUGCUGUACCCUGCCCAACCGGACGCGUCUUUGAGCAGAGCGUCUACUGAGGAUUCAAAAAUCGCGCAAUAAUCGAUGUUAAUCGGCAUCAUGGGUAUUUAAAAAGAACGCAGGAACCUGACCUGACUGGCAAGUGUGAAGAGCAAUAAAGAAAUAGAUGGAGAAAAAAAGAACUACCUGCAGGAGCCAUUUAGUUCCUUUUAGUUUAAGAUGUUUGCUUUAAUAUUUGGAAGCCAAGUUAAACCGAGUUGAAGUCAACACGUCAUAUUGACGUUUCAAAGUGAAAAUCGCCCGGAUCCAUUAUGUUUUUCAACAAUAGAUUUCCUCCCUGAAUGAUUCGAUCUACUCGUAUUGAUGCGGUUUCCCAGAGUCAAGUGGGAAAAAUAGAACAGCUGCAUAUUUUUAGCAGCGCGGCGUGGAACCACGCUUCUGGGAACACUGGUUGGUAACACUCACAUUGAUAUGAAUUGCUGCAAUCUACUGUGGAGCUGUGACCACGCUGCGUACGCACCACAGACGCGUCCGGUGGAAAUCCGACCUUAUUGUCUGGCAUACAUGGGGGUAGAUAGUGAUAGAGCAUAGACAGGCUCUAGACACUGGACAUGCGAGGUUAUCAGAAACCCAACUGAUUGUUUUUGCCAGAAUAGAAGUAAAUCAUAACCUUUAUCUCCUUGUUUUGUAACAGUGACAUUCUAAAUGUACUACUUCACUUUUAAAAAGACAGAGUAGUAAGAUUGUUAACCUCAGUGACACUUUCUAAUGUGUUUUCUAUUUAGGGACUUGAGGACAAUACACAAGAAAUACAUCAAAAGCCUGUAAGCAUGGAAACAAGAGAUCUUAGACCCAACUCUGAAAGUCUGGUCUCCCAGGAUGAAGGUGAUCUGCCGGUGAAUAUGAACUCCCACCAUGUGAGCAGCCACACAGAGAGUCCACCAGCGGCCUCUGGUGAGAGGCUCCGAGAUGAAACCAAAGUUAUCCCCGCCGCUCCUGCCGCGGUCAAAAAGUACUACGGCGUGAUGGACGAUGAAGGUGCAGAUGAUGUCUUCAUCCCACACCUACUUCGCCCUCCUCCAUGCGCUGUGAGUCCUUUGUCGCCGGCAGAGGAAAGCACAGGUGCAACAGCCAGUAAUUCUGGUGUGACCCCUUCAAACGGGGCCGCUGACGCCACAGAGGCUAAAGCUAAUCCCAGCAGCUUAGACCGGCAUCAUAGCGAGAAGCAGUUAAUGGCAGCGCGGACUGAGAGGGAUGAAGUGAAAGCAGGUAUAGUGCAGACCUCAAAAGAGUCUUUGGAUAACGUAUUACUGUCCGAUGAAAAGGAUGCUGCUCCAACAACUUGCGAGGACCAAACCCACGUGGAUGAAACAAGCCGUCUGAGGGAAAUAUGCCAAGAAGAAACUGGAAUACAAUGUCACGAUGAAUCAAAUGCAAAACCUGAGGAUACCACAAUCUUAAGUGAGGGACGAGGAAACUACGGAGAAACGCAUGCAGAGAAGGACAACUAUCCAAAACAAAUACAUUCAAACUACGAGGACACUUCUGAAAAUGAGACAUGUUUGAGUGAAAAGGUGCACAAAUCAAAAUACGAAGACAUACCUGGUCUCAAUUUGAGAGACUCAAGCAUGGCAGAAAAUCUGGACAGAGAAAGUCUGGAGACAAACGCUCCACCACAGCCUGGUCUCAGUGCGAAUGAUGAUGAUUCUGAAUCCUCCGACUCGUCAGAGCUCUGCAAAUACAACCAAAUCAGGAUGGAAGAAGAAACCAAUCAGCCACAGGUACCUGACUUCUCAGCGGGUGUGACCGGUGACGACGAAGAGCACGUCGACAGCAGAUCUUUAGACUAUAACCUCACGAGGCAUGACUGGGUGAGGAGGGAGAGUGGCUCUGCAGACAUGCAGGUGGCACAGGUGACAGGCGAAGAGGUGGAAGACAGAAGCAGGAGAAUAUCUAAUGACAUCCUACAAGGAGAGCAACUGCUUCAGCGUCUGCAGCUACUGCAGCAAAGGCAAGAUGUACAUUUGCCGGAGGACUCUCAAACCACCGAGCAGGUUGUCAAAGAGACGAGAGGUGAGGGAAUGGGUGGGAUUGAAGUGGAAGAUUUGACAGUGAGAGGAAGGAAUUCAACAGAUGAAGAAGGAAAGGAAGAACAUAGAUUUCACACUGUUGAGAAAGAGAAAGAAAAUCUGACAGAAAAGGAAGAGAAUGAGUUUAAAGAUAUUCAAACUAAAGUAAGAAUGUCUUCCUCCUCAACACUAGGGCAGUCAGAGCACCAGAGAAAAGCUAGGACAGAAAUAAGUGACUCUGAUGAAGAGGAGCGGGACAGAUGGAUACCUGCAGAUUUGUCUCUCAAUAAACCCCUUGAAAAAGCGUCUUCUGAAAUUGAAUUUCUGCCCAGCGGGCACAGAUUCUCAACUGCUGAGACCUCCAUUGAGAAGCAGAUGCAUGAGGCAGUGCAGCCAAAGCAGAACUUGCAGAGAGCUGGUGGGGUUUUCAAUCUCACGGAGAAUCCAGAUGUGCUGGAGAUUCCCUUCAGGAUAAACGUCUCUCUUGAAUCCCUCACUAAUAAGGAUGGAGCCAGCCAGAGCACUGAUCGACAGUUCUCAGAACAGAAGAUGAAAAAGGAGAUAAGUCAGGAGGCUCAGAGAGAGCUGGUGCUGGUCAACCAGGGUAAGAUCCCAGGAGGGUACAGCAAAGGGGAGAUCCGCGAGUUAAAGGAGACAAAACUGCUGUUUGAAGCUUUCCAGCUGGAUAACGCUGAAGGUCUGACAAGGCCCUCGAAACUCCCAACACCAGUGGUGAAAGGUCCGGUUUACCCCUCAGUGUUGGAACGCACCCGGAGCCUCGAGAUGCUAACUCUCAAGAGUUGUCCUGUUUCCAGGGCACAUUCCUUCAGGCAGUACAAAUCCCCAACCCCAGAGAGGGAGAAAAGUCCUGAAAACUUCAGAUCUAAAAGCCCAAUUGUUCCCUCACGGGACAAAACGCGCUUAUCCCCUUACUCCAAGCAAGACAAACACCUGCGUCUGCACAGAAGCAUGGACUCUAUAAGCGGCAACAUGUCCACGUUAGCUGUGGACGUCAGGGGCAAAGUAAGGGACGGGAAAGCAAGCAAGGAAUCGCCCAUCCUCCAACACAACCCCUUCUUUAAGUUGCGUCCAGCUCUGGCACUGCAGCCGGAGGUGGAGAAGGACAUCCGGGAGGCCAAGGAAAGAGAGGACGAGCUACGCCAACAGAGAUGCACUCUGUAUGGACUCAGCACUCAGCAGAGUGAAGACGAAGACAAGACAUGGUGCACGCAAACACUCAUGCCAGACGUCAGGAAGCUGUCACGGGGGAAACUGGAACGUGUUUGGCCGCCGCCCUCCAAGAAAGAUCAGAUGAAAUCGGAGCAGACGCAGCAGGAGGCAAAAGUUCACAGAGCGGGAGGUCAGAAGGCUGCGCUGUGGCAACGCUGGGAGUCUGGUCAGAUCAACGGGCAGCCGUCGAAGGAGAAGCCUUCCUAACUCUUCAACGAACGGAAUAUCAACCGUCUGCUAACGCUAGAAUCACAAGCAAAGAUUAAUCCUGUGCGACAGAAAUCCUUGUGUUAGUUCCAGCUUGUAACUCUGCUUUUCUCUGUGUGAAAUAUGCUUAUUUUUGAUAUCUUCAAAAACUAGUUUCAUCUAGCCGACUAAUAAAGCAAAGGGAUCCCUUCAAUGAUUCGCUUUAUCUUUAUCAAUAUUUAUGUAUUUAAACAAUAAUUUCUUAAGUAAAAUUUCUUUAGUAAAAUUAGUAUCUGUGUAGUGCACUGUUUGGUUUGGAAACGUUUACCAUUUCAAUAUACAGUUUAACAAAAGUUGAUCUUGUGUUUUUGAAAGAAUAGUAAUUUUUGCUCAAAAGGUUGAUUUCAAGUUUUUCUUGCUUUUUUUCAUUUUUUAAACUUAAUUUUUGUAUAGUGUUUUCUAAAGUGUUGACAAUGUCGGAGUUAUUUCAGAGACUGCAGAUUUAUAACAUAAAUUCAUCUUUAUAAGGCAGGAAUGAUCUAACGCCUCUGAAGAUUACACUGACUCACAAAUAUAAUUAUUUGUCAUAUAAAUUAGGGUUCAAUGUAAAUUCUCUGACAAAUCAAAAAGGUCACCCAGGGCAAACUAGAAGUCAAAUGGAGAUGAGUGACAGGCAUACAGAAAUACCAAGAGUUGUUUUGGUGCCCUCUACAGGCCAUGCCAUCACUGAGUUGAUCGCAUUUUGCAGUAACAGCAGAAAUCUGUCUUGCACAAAUGAAACAGUAAGUCCAUAAUGAAAAAGAAAAGAUAUGUUUCCCCUACUAGACCUGCAGCUACAUUUACUAGAGUGCACUUUCUAAUCUCCACAGACAGAAGUGCAACAGAUUAACCCGUCUAAGAACCAUCUGUUGGCCCCAUUGACUGUGCCAAGAGGAGCAAGACUUUCACUUAGCCUGUCCUGGCUUGGAUGUCCCAAUGUCAAUUGGCUGCAGUUGUCACAGCUUUAGCUUCAGCUGUGGACAUUUUAAAGUGUCUUCGUUAAAAGCUUUUAGAGCAGACCCACACUGUCAGACGUUGGUGGUUGGACAGUUCAACCAGGACGUUCACAUGAGCUCUUUGUGAUCAAGGAUAGGCUGCUCUUGUAUGUUUGCAUCGGCACUAAAAUAUGGCACAACUUCUCAAUUUGAGCAUCAGCGUUUGGUGGUCAGGGCUUCAUCCUACAGUACGAUAAUGACCCAAAACUUAAGUCCAAGAUAAACCAGAACUACCUCAGGAUAAAAACAAAAUUUAAAGCUUGAAAACACGACCGGAGUGCACCAUGGCCCAGUCUCUAGACUUUGACCUUAUGGAGCUGGUUUGCGAUGAACUGGACAGAAGAGUGAAAGCAAA